AAAGUUGACGAGCAUGCUUCCUCUGCACCGGUUGGGUAAAGCGAAUGGCACAGUUUCGUAACAAAGUUGCAAGCAGUUCUUCUUAUUGAAUAUAAUAAAAUCGUUUCGUUUAAGUUCUCGAAUAACAUGGUAAUCACGGUGGAAGUAAGGAAGUUAUACAAAUACCCAUUUGAACGCGUUGUAAAUAUACACUUAAAUAAGUAUCCAACUCCCCUUGAGGAACAUGUAACAGGAAUUCAAACUGUAGAUGAAAAAACAGACAACAUCUCCGGAAUUAUUUAUAGAAGGAAGAUAGCAACUUGCAACAACGUGAUUCCCAAGUUCUUGAGAAAGAUCAACUUCUUGAAUGUUAAUGAUGUCCACAUAGAAGAGGAGUCCUGGCUGGAUAUGAAACAAAGAAUUCUGAAUAUCAAAAGCCGCUGCCUCACCUGGGCUCAGUACUCCACUUUUCAUGAAGUGUCGGUCUUCAAGCAAAGUGUCGAAAACCCAAACUGGACUGAAUUCCAUCAGAAAGGGAGCGUCAUUGUCACUGGCGCUGGGAAACUGAACCGGUUGUGUGAAGUGUUUGCUCAAGCGUUUUUUAACAAAGGAGUCAAAAAGUGGAAUUGUUUGACAAAGUGAAGACUCCUCUGAAAAACCAUAAGUAAACAAAUUGACAGUAGUUAUAGUUAUUGACUUUCAGUUCUAUACUAUUUUUUAAUGACUAUAUAUAGAUGCCUGCUGUAUAACAUGACACACUUUUGUUUGGGCUCUUAUCUGACUACAAAAUUAAUUUGAAUAUUGUCGCUGUAAUCAUUCCCCUUUUGAGAAGUUUUAGUUUCCCUUUAUUUGUAUUGCCAUUUGUGAUUUUUGCAUAGCACAACCUUGUAAAGCAAAUGGUAUCCAGUAAUUACUCUUCAGUAAGUCCUUCAAUGUCUAUACUGCAUUUUAUUAACACAGUGCAGAUGCAUUGCCUCCAAAGGGACCUUUGGAUGAGAUUGACUCCUGAAAUGUAAAAUGCUUUCAGUGCCUUAUUGC